AUGACUUGCUCCGCUUGUAAGUCAAAAGGUCACAAUAUAAGAACAUGUCCAAACAAACCUCCAGCCACUUCAGAGGGUAUUACUACAUCACAAGCAUCUGCCAGUAGUAAAAGAAGUGGCAAGCAAAAAUCUCACCCCACUCAAGCAGUACAACAAUCUCAAUCUUCUGAACCAUCUCAAGCAAUAGUGCAAAGUGACAAUGGUAAUAGAAAAGGUGUAAAUAAUGCAUUUAAGAGGCCAAGAGUAGUGGGUCAUGGAGUAUUUGUGAGCAAAGAUGAUUUUAUUUGUGCCGAGCAAGGAAGAUCUAUUAGUAGGGUAAUCAAGAAUAGAGCACAAGAGAAACUGAUAAGUUCAACUAUUGUCACCGGUGACCUUGGGUGUGCACCAAGUAAAGGUCUUAAAUGGAAGGGGAAAAGUGCUAUCACAGGAAGACAACUUCAACAUAAAAGUGUUUUUCUUAGACAGAAGAACAUCAAGUCACAAACUUCAUCACAAGGUGCAGCAAGAACUGAAGGUGUUUAGGGAUGAUGUGGCUGAUAUUUCAUGUGGCUCGAACUAUUUUUAAGUCGCGUAUUUUGGUUGUGAAUAAGACGAUAUCGACUUUUAGU